AGACUGAAGACUCCGGAAGUGGUAAAUUAUGGGGCUGGAUUUGUCAGGCAUCAGGCAGGUUGGAGCUGCACCACACAGCUGGACAGGUGGAACCCCCCUGCUGCAAGUCCACUCGUGACCUCUUCCGUACACACUAAACGCGUCUUCUCAGUCGAACGCGUCUCCCGACCUUCAACUUCCUCAACCUUCAACCCAAACUGUUAAAACUGCCCUCACAAUGUCCAACAGGAACCGCCCCAAUUCAAUGCACGCCAAACCCAGGAAACCCGCUCGAGAUGCAGAUUUCGUCAAUUCACAUCGAGAUACACAACCACCGACAGCAAUCCCAGCACCGACUCGCCCUCCCAGCCAACGUCUUUCGCCAUGAGCAACUCUCACGCACCACGCCUUCCCCACAGUUCUCCGAUUCCAAUUUUCCGAAAGGAAUGUCGUCUCGACCGCCUCAUUGGGAUCUGGACCCCCACAGUACGUCGCAGCUUCGAUCCCGUAUCGGGUGCCCUCAAGCUUGCCGCGCUCGGAUCUACUGUGGUCAACCUCUUGUCCCCAGGGCAAGCCAGCCCAGUGAGGGUGAAUUGGUUUCGGAACUUAACCCUAAGUAUACAUUUGGUUGAGCAAAGUCUUGCGCUUCUCAUAGUCACUCGGACCCCUCCUUCUAUUCCCGCGUUGCUCAACGGGUCGGGUCGCUGCUGGCCGCUGAAAAGCGGUGCAGCCUCGACCCCGGCGGCGACAUGGGCGGACCGGCGGGGUCCGAACUCCAGUCACCCCUUCCCGGGUGGGCGACCGUCUCCUCCCAUGAGUCCACACGGUAAGCGCCCCUGGCCCGGGGCCGCUCGUCGGGAUGAGACACUGGAACUGGUACUCUGGUCACGAUGGAUUGUCUGUGGCGGUGUUGGCAAGACGACUGAGACCGGCGGAUACACUCAGGCAGCCCCGUCUGCUUGCAUGCUCUUUGUGGUUGUCUCCGUUCGGAGCAGCCUUCGGAAUGAGAGGGAGAGCGCAGCCUCGGCUCCACACGGUCAUCCAGCACAUUUCAUACCCCGCCUGCAGCUCACCUCGCAGGAAUCACCUCCGGGUGAGCGAGGGCUGUCAGGCUGCCUACGGAAAUGUCAACGGAUGAUACCCCCCCACCCGCCGUGCUGCCACGCUCUCGGUACCCUCGACUUCCAACCCCCCUUCUGCAUGCGUAUCCCCUCCUCACGACUCCGCCGACCCCCACGGACCGCGCCGGGCCAACACAACACGCCCGACGCGUCAUGUGUCUUAAAACAACACCAUGAGGUCCGACCAGGCGCAUUAACUCGUCCUCGUAGGCUCCGUCCUACGUCCGGCGAGACGCCAAAAACCCCGCCAUGUCUCCGACACGGCACCUUCCCCCCCUUCCUAGGCCCUGUUUACGGUCUCUGGUUAGGAGAUGACAGCACGGUUUUUUUGAGGAUGUCUUUUGUCCGUGCGGCACCCGCCCUUCCUUCGUUCCGCCCCGUCUUCGGACAGGGGUGGCGUUGGAAGAGGAAACAAAAACUAGUCCAUGUUGGCAGUGCGAUACACACGGAGAGACCUUGGCUGGGCUGGGGCUGCCGACUGCUGGGAUUUGCGACUCUGGCUGCCGACUUUUGGCGAGAUCUGCAUCGACGACGGCCGGCCUUCGACUACGGGUUUGACGUUGCGGAGGAUGGUGGCAUUUUUGUGAGGGAUCGGUGGGGUUGGGGGAGUGUUCGGUUGGCUGUCUGAGAACCAAUGCUUCGAACUGGGUGCCCCGGAGGAAGGGCGGUUGGUUGGGGCGGACCAGGCACCGGGACCCAUCUCGAGUUGGAGUCAAAGCUUUGUGCUUGUCUGGUGUCUGGAGCCCGCCUCCUCCGGCUGUCCGGAUCCUGGGGUUCUUCGGCGAGGGCU